AUGUGCGGGAUAGAGGAGUCGGACUCGGAGCGAGUGAGGUCUCUGCAGCGGACGGGGGGGAGAAGAAGACAGCGCGUUAGAACCGGGGCCUGGCACCCCCACAUGCACGCGUGCUCCCAUGCACACGGAUGCAGCAGCAAGGCCCGGGCGGGCAACGCAGUGGAAAGUCCCCGGGGCCGGGGAGUCCGGCACCGUCCCGCUCUGCCGUGGGGGUCCCGAUGGGCAACCCCCCCGGGGCAGACGGCCUGGCCCCACUGGAGGUGUGAGCUGCAACCAGGCCAGCUCCUGCUGCAGGGACGAGAGCAAGGGGUGACCGGCAGCGCGGCCCCCACCGAGGCCUGGAGCUGUGAGGUUCUCCGGGAGCUCUCGUUGAGGUUGCACCCUCCCAGUGACGAUUUGCCCCCCCAGCGUGGUGCUCCCGGUGGCUGCAGGGGAUUCAGAGCUGGGGGAGCAGGGCCGGGGUCCCGGACUCGGAGCAGAAUUCCACUGCGUUUCCCCGCCUUGCCUCUGCACGCCCGCCCCCCUCCGCCCACAACAGGCGCGUGUCGGAUCCCCGCUCAGAGACGGACAGCGUUAGCCUGGCUGCUGCCCCCGGCCCCGCUCGAGGGGCUGGGGGGGGACGACUCCCACCUCUAUUCCCCCAGCGUCGCAGUUAGAGGGGAGGCCUCCCCACACAAAGCCAUGCCCGAAGGGGUGCUCGACACACGGCUGCCCUGGGAGCUGCUUGCAAGCCAUCCGCCGCUGCACAGGGGUUUGCGCCCUCCCCCAAUCCACCCGCCUGUCGCCUGGUCUUGGCUGAGGGAGGAGGGAAGCGUGGAGCAGCCCGGUCCUGCCGCUAUCCUAGGUCCUUGCAGGAGCAGGAGGCCUGGAGAGCCGGAUACGGCCUCGCAGCCUCAGCCGCCGCCAGCCUUCGGGGUGGGGUAGGUCUGGUUAAGAUGGGUGCAGCCGCCAGGCCCAGCACCCAUCCCGCCGCACUAGAAGUAGGGUAAACGAGUCCUGCUAGACGGCUACGAGGACCCAAGCUGGCCACUUUAAGGCUAGCUUCAGCCCCUCCGUACUAUUACUGCUACUGUGGAGCUUGCUGCUACGUGCCCAUCUUAUUGGUACUUUGUGGUAGCUGGAGCCAACAGUCCAGGAGGAAACGAGAGACAUGGGGGAAGGAAGGGGAGGAGUGGAAGGAUGAGGAUGCAGGGGAAGCCGGGGAACUGGCAGCACCCGGAGCCCUUUGAGACGUGCUCUCCUCCUCAGGGAUGCACCGUGCCGUGCAGGUUGUACGUGAGCUCUGCGUGCCCACGGUCUGCCCGAUAAUAACGCUGCUAAGAUGAGGAGUGUUAGGAAGGCUGUAGCAGAGCUGGAUGGCACCCCAAGAUGCACUUUGAGUGCCAACUCCCUUCUCUAUGUGAAGGAGAAAAAUAUCCCAGGGUGUUUCCUGAAUAGUUUAAUUUUGGGCAAGUCAAAAGGCCAAGGCCCUUCUCAAUCAUAAGGGUCAAGGCCUCAAAAAGAUUCGCGGGACUCUUGGAAGUACCGGGAGGGAUGAAAAGCCAAGCUGAGUCAGGAAGUCAUCCCUCAAUAAGCCUGCAAUUCAGGGUGUUCCCGAAAGAAAACCCAUUGCGUUUCUCCUUCACAUUGGUUGGGAACAAGCUCCCCGAUGGGUGACGCGUGCACUUAGAUGCCCUGGGACGCAGCAGGUAAAGCACGACUGCGCUGGAGAUCAAGGACUGCAUUUCGGUUGGGGGGUCGUGGCGGGCGGGAUCUGGGAUCUCUUAGCUUUCACGUUUGCCAGUUCCCAAAUCCCUUUGGUAAGUCAGGAGUGACCUGGGUCUGACCAGGGUCUUUUCCACAUUCCUCUCUUCCCUUGCAGCCUCCAGCACUGCAGGUGCAAGGUGACCUCGGAGAACCCUCCGCGCUGGUGAAAGACUGAAAGGGAGCACUUCGCGGCCGGCAAUCACACAGGCUCGUUGGGGACCUGCAGGUGCACGUUGGCAGCAAAAGGAGGCAUCCUUCGUGCGGAAAGAGCUGCAAACCAACUCUCCCGAUCUCGUGACGGGAUCAAGGAAUUGGCUGUUCUCUAACCCGAUACCGCAGGUGAAAGCGUUUCACUUUCCGUGGUCCACAAUGGGUCUUUAUCCACCUGCCUUCGUGGGGCCCAGCAAGGACGAGGAAUACAAACCGUUCCUUUUAGUCUGGGAAGGCACAAGUUUGAUCCACCCCAGCUGGAAGACAGCAUCGCUUCCUUCUCACCCUCCAAGGUCAUCGCUCGAGCAGCCCUUGCUGCGGACUUGCCUUCACUAACACAGGCCACGAAGCGGUCCACAUGCUGCUGGAAGUUUGUUAGCAAACUGCGCUCGUUUGUUAUCGUUAAUGAAAUCGAAGCAUCGCCGUUACUGGCUGAUGGCUCGCUAAUCAAAAAACAGUCAUGCAGAGAUACGCUCUCUUCUCAAGUCGCUGACGCAUGUUGGCUGCAUCCGUCUGCUUCUCUCAUCAACUGCUGUGACUGCAAGCGAAGUCGGUGCAGAAGGAGCACUGUCUCCCUGAUGAGAAAUGUUUUCUCUCUGCUUUUACCCAUCCGCAGAAUAACAGCAGGAGCCUGCCAUACGGUCUUGGCUGCCUGUAAUGGAGACCUCUGGAUGGGGAGACGGCUCCAGGUGGCUUUGUGGUGGGAGGAACGUCUGAGGUUUUUUUACGAACGGUCUCUCAAGGAAUCUGAAGAGCUUCUGUACUUUAUAGAAAGUCUUGGACGUGCCAAAGGUGCUUCCGCUUGAUCCAUUUGUAAAUGGGCACUUGGUAUCAAAGACAGCCAGACGUGAUGGCAGUUGGCCAUAGACUGAUGUAGGCACGUGCAGAUUGGUGCAUGGGGACGGUCACAGCAGACAGGUCAAUCGCUGCUGAAAUCCAUUGUCUCUAGGGUCCGGAGCACAUUGUUCCCUUCUGUGCUGGCUACAGGAAAUGGUAGGUCUUAAGCACACUAGCCCCAUGGAAAGAGCUAUGACUUGAUGUGAUGGUUUUAAAGCACCAAAGGAGCCAACGGCAACUCUAGCAUCACCGUGUCACAUGGUGAUGAAGUAGAAAUGCGCGCUCUGGUUGGUGCCGAAGACAAAGGGACGUGUGGUGCCAUGCUGGUGCAAACUGCAGGCCUCACGGACUCAAGGGUGAGCUCACAGGGGCCUAGGGGAUCCCUCUCUCCUCGGCUGUUGAAAUAUUGGGCCUGGUAUGGCCCCCUUGCCUCCUCCCAGACACUCGUCCUUUCCCUUCUGAACCUUCCUACGAGACAAAGCCUUGCAGGAAGGAUCUCUGAGAGCUCCUGAAGCUGUCACUGAGGGGUUUCUGGGCCCAGGUUGGCUUCACACCUCCCUAGACUUCUUGAGUUUGCAGAAGGGCAUGAAAACACUGCCCCCAAGGGAGCCCAUGUCUUCAAAAUGAAGACUGAAGGAGUGGUAGGGAAGGAAUUGGGAGAGGAAACUGAAGACAGAUGUCUCCCUGGAUGCCCUGAAGACACUUAAUUAUCCUAAAUCAGGCUGGAGGAGAUGCCAGACAAGCUCUCACCCCUCUGAGCUAUGCAAUUGGUCCAAUUAAAGGGAUCCACAAACGAAUCUUGCAACUCGCAUGUUCUGCAGACCAUCAGGGCUACACCACGACAGCGCUGCUAAAUCACACGAGCACCAUUAAUGAACCCUGCUCACUCCAGCAGAGCCGAAGCAAGCUAUGCUAGCUGCCGACGCUGGUGCUGCCCCUUAGAUCGCGAGUGGUGGAGAAGGGACUGGAGCAGAGGCUGGCUCAGCACUGAUUUAUAGCCUGCAGUUGGGGCAGAUUGACAAACUGCUCCUUACGAAGCCCCCCGUCUGGGGUUUGCUGAGCACGUGCACACCCAGAGCUGAAUGCACAGCUGGAAGAGGACUCGACACUGGGCACUGCUGCGUUGUUCUACUGCAGCUCCCUGACCAGCCAAUUCGUGAUGAAGUUAUCCCAAUCAAAGUCAAUAGACCAAUGCAUUCAGAAAUAGGCACCGGCUGACUCUUUGUUUUGGCAACUGGGCCGGUGGCCCGAUUUCAGAAAGGCCGAGCAGGCUCCCUACUGAGUGACACACAUAGGGCUGGGAGGGACCUAGAGAGGAUGUGUAGCUCAAUCCCCCUUCACACCAAGGCAGGGUGAAGACAGCUAGGCUAUUCUCAGCUAGCCAGGCUUGCUUUGGCAUGGCAAUCCUGAAUUUCAAAGGCCUGGCACAAUGGAGAAGCCCAUGGGAUGUGCACUCAAGUCCCCCAGGGCUUCCAGAAAAUCCCCACUGCCAAGUCACAGGGAGCUACCAGACGUUCAGCCCUUUUGAAGAGCAGGAGACUAUCCCGAGUGCCAGAGCAAGGACUCAGGACACUUAGCUUCAGGCACCUCCUCCCUGGUAUAGUGUCUGCUGGGUUUUCUUCAGGUGGCCAAAUGCGUUCCCAGCCCGUGAAGGUAAGAUAUCGAUAGAGGGGGACAAGCGGCAGCUUUGUAGAUCGCCAUGCAAUCCUACCCAACCCUGCUCUUCCUAUGUCACAGCUGCGGGCAUCCGGGAUGAUCAAGGGGAAUGGAAAAGGGGUGUAGGAAUGGGUUGGCAUGAAUGGAGAGAAGCAAAUGCCCAAAGAGAAAAGAAUGGAUAAGACAACAGCAUGAGGAAGGCAGAAGAAUGACAAGGGGAGAAAAGAGGGAGUGGGUCCUCAUCUGCCCCUGUCUCAUCUCCCGCAUCAGAAAGGACCUGAGCUUAAUCACUCCAGAGCUCUCUGGGUUGGUGGAAGGAGCCGAUGUGAGGCCACUUCCCUGCCCUUGAAGCUAGGGGCUGUAACCAUAAGACUACACCCCCAGCCCACGGUACCAGUGAGAUACAGGCUCCCCGACAGCGGAGGUAUCCUGGCUGUGCUGCUCAGCCAUGCUGCUCUCCUCUGCACAGCAUAACGGGGUCCUGAAGAGAGGUAACCCCAUCGUUAAUCCCCCAACCCACAAAAACAGCUGUGUGUAGCUCCCUGCUCUAUGGGCUCCUUCUCUGCUUCCCCUUCUCCACCUGGCUGAAACCACUGGUGCUAUCUGAAAGCAGGCGCUGGGAAGCAGAAACCUCUGUGCACAGAGCAUCCGCCCCUGCCCCCCUCCCGCCCGGCAGGCUGUCCAGCCCCGUCAUCCACGACUGACACUGAACGACACACACCAGCCUUCGAAAUCAGAACAGCUCUGACCUUAUUUGUGCCGGAUCCUCUGAAGCCAAUUGCAAAAGAGAAGCAAACAGUGAGGUGUUUAGGCAAGUCUGAUCCGCUGGCCAUGCUUGGGCCCGGUCUUUCGAGAAGAUGCCUGUCAACUGUUCAUUGCAAAUAGGUUUUAACCCCGUGAAUGUAUUUGGGCAGCUGCGUGCAGCACACGGAAGGUGGGGGGUGGAAAAAACGCAUCUCUAAGUACUUGCCAGUUCUCCAAAAAUGACAAACUUUCCCCCCGCCGGGGAAAAGGACGAGCCUAUACGAGACAAUCUCCCUGACCAAGCCUUGCCCUCAUCCAUAUCUGCUGGAUGCAGCUGGAGCAAACGGGAUCCAUAAAUACAUCAGUCUGGAGCACCAGGGAGGGAGUCGGGACAUCUGGGUUCCUAGGUGGCUUCUCUGUACUCAUUUCCCCUCCGUAUACAUCUACUUUGGUUAGUCUAUAAGGUACAAGCCUGCCCUGCCUUCAACUAGUUUCCCCUCUGCUGUGCUCGCCUCUAGCAAGGGUGCUGCCAAGCUGGAGUGAGGUUCAGAAAAGGCUGAGAUGUCUAUACAACAGAAUCCACUGGCUUGCAAGGCUGGGGCCAUUAAAGAUGCAGCUGGACACAAAUGCCAGCAGAGCAGCAGCGGGGAAUGAGCCUGGGUGCGCUUUGGACGACAACCAUUCAUGCUCAACGGAUGCAAGCUCCCAAACAACGAGUGGGGAGAGGAUGCGCACCGCUUGCACCCAGAGCAGAAACAAACCGAUUCCUCUCUUCCUUCAACUAGAAAUAACGUGCAGGUAACAACAGAAGGGUUCAUCCCAGGUCGGCCUGUCCCAGCGACAAGCAGAUUAUUGCAGUCCCUCUGUGCGAUGGGAGCAUCAAGCUUGCACCCUUCUGUCUGUGGCUGGAAGAGCUGAAGGACCAGGCCUUGUGUCCGGUCGGCAGUCAGACAGACCCAGCCCUAAAGACCAAGCUGCUCCCCUGAGUAACUGGUCAUGUUUAGAGAGUGGCUUGCCUAAUGGCGAACGGCACGUCAGGCUGACGGUCAGCUUCUCCCUGGGGUUUUCUUUGUAUUGUAUCAAUGACCUGGGGCUUGGCUGUUGUCACAGAAAGUAUUUUCAAGCCUUUUUGUAUUAAACUCAGACUCAGAUGGGGUUGAUUUAA